GAGUUUUUCUGCGAGAGGGUGGUAAGUAGACAUGUUUUGAGGGGAGAGGAAAAAGUAAAGUCCGGAGACAGAGGGAUGUUACCGAGAGCCUCCUCCUCAGCAACAUAACACCAUAAAUCUCUCCGCGUUGAAGGAGGAGAGAAAAGCUGUGUUUCUGAGCCUGCAAUACAGAGGACAGAAGGACCGGCGAGAAGGAGAAGCAGAGGAAGACAAAAAACGGAGUGCCUUAGAAGAGAAUAAGAGGAGCGCCACAAAAUCUGCACUUUGUGAACGGCGAAGAAGAGAUGAGACCAUUAAAGAAGCACAGAGGGCGUUCUCCCCCGUUAACGAGAGGCAGAGGGGGGAGAAGGAGAGGAGGCUCUCAGCCCCUCCAAGAGAAAGACCCCAAAAGAGUCAAGAGGGAGACGCUCGCCAAAACCACACAGCAUACACCCAACACUCCCAUCAACAAACAGACCCCGCCCACAGCCGCCAACUCUGACGGAGAACCAAUCACAAACAGCAAUACCCCAACGAGGGAGGAGUCUACUGAGCUGAGGAAACCUGUGGAGUCAGUUGAGAAAGAAGGAAAGAACGCAGAAGAAAAGACAGAAAAAGAGAAGAUCUUGGGCACGAAUGGAAAUAGUGCCGUGUCCACUGAUACUGUAGCAUUUCCUACCUCUGUCCCAAUGCCAGUCUCCACAGCCACGCCCCCUCUGGCCACCAAUCACAGCCCCAACGUAGGCUCAGUCUCUAGUAGGAAAACAGCCACAUUUAAGGCUCGUAUACCCAAGAAAAAAUACACAUAUGAGCACUUUGCUAGCAACGCAAGUGCCCUGACUACCAUUCCUACCUCCAGCCCUGCACUCAUACACAACAGUUACUGCAAUACUCACAGCAAAGUCAGUGAUAGUGUGAAUACGCCCAAUAAUAAUUUCAAGAGUAGUAACAAUAUUGGUAAUAACAUUAAUAAAAGCAUUCAUGUUAGCAUCAAUAGUAGUAUUAACCGUAACACUACAAGUGGUAUUAGCAACAUGACUAACAGUAGUGCUGGGAGCCAUAAUACUUUUAUCAAUAGCAGUAAUAGAAGAAAUAAUUGCUCAGGUAUUCAGCCAUCAGUGCUAACUGUGGAUAGUAAAGCUACAGAAGCAAACCAUUUUGUUUCCACAGAGGAUAAAGCCCUCAGGACAGCAGACUCCCAGGAAAAAGAUUCCCAAGCUGGGGAAAAUGAGUCAGAGGGGGCCCCUAACUCAGUGCGCUCCUCGUCCACUGAUACAGCUAGUGAGCACUCAGCUGACCUGGAUGUGAUGGAAGCAACAGGACCAAGCCUUCAUCAAAAGAACACCCGCUACCCAGCUCCUCUCCAUAACUCGCACCAUAAAGAGGCCAGUCUUUCAGAGGGACUAGCUGAAGCUCUGGCCAAAGGCAUGAAAAACCAGAGAGUUCUUGCUCGCCAGAUAAAGAGGACCAUGGAGAGUGGGGUUGGGGCUACAGGGGACAGAAGGGUUGAGGGGAUUGACUCAUGCCCUUUAUCACCUACAUUCAGACCAGGGGUGGUGCGUAGGGUGAGUGGAGGUACUGUUGAAAUCCAGCUCCAAGGAGAGGAGAACUUUGUUAAAUAUCCUUUCCAUGGUGGGACCGUGAUGGCGUCGUCAUCAGGGGCUGAGAGCACUGUGGAGUUCAUUUUGGAUGCCCCCCCACCUGGCAUGGCACCUGUGGCUGUCAGGACACGAGUGUGCGUGCCCUUUGGUGGAGAGGAGGGGGGUCCUCUGCUGUACAGAGAGGGGAUUGUCACUCAGGUGGACCCCCACCCCGGUGUGUCAUUUCCUUACCAGGUGCUCCUGAGUGAAGACAGAGAGACUCUGGACAAUGGAGGGGCAGGGGAAGAGAAAGAGAAAAGGAAAGCUAACGCUCAGGCUGUGUGGGUGUCCCGACAAAGUCUGAGGCUGCUCACCCCUCCCUGGGAAGUCCCGCAUUUGGAUGGUGGGAAGGCCAAGGAGAGAGAGCGGGAGAGGGAAAGGGAAGAGAGGGAGCGGCGGGAGGAGAUGGAGGUAGAGAGGGAAGUGUGCCAGUUGAGUAUUGGGAUGGGGGUGCUGGGAGGGGGAGCAAGGUUGGGCCAUGGUUUUCCACAUGAAGGGGUUGCAGGAGGGCAUCCUUAUGAAAACACACAUCCACCACCCCAUCAUUCCUCCACUGUGACUUCUAGUGUAGCUGGCAGCACUGUUCGUGGCUGCGGAGAUAACUACUCUGACAGAGAGAGACAGAAGCAGCCAGACACUCCUGAAGAGGAUGUUGAGGUUUCUCAUUUUAACAUGUCCCUCACUGUUGGUCCCAAGCCAAAUGCUGGGACCUCUCAGCACAGAAACAUCCUCUCCAAGUCCAGUGGCUAUCCCCCCUCCUCACCCAACCUCUCUGUGGUGCGGGGUCUGGGACCCCCACACCUCUCCACCCUCGCUAGUCCUCAGCCACCCCGUUCCCCUGCCUUACUGGGGUCUGAAAUGAACAACACCACUCCAAACCUACCUCCAUCAAAGACCACUCCCACGCAGACCCCUACUCCCACUUCUGGGGUGGGGUCCUCCUCUACCUCCUCUCGCUCCAGGACUCCCCUCUCAUUGGCUCAGCAGAAAUACAAGAAGGGCGAUGUGGUUUGCACCCCUAAUGGUAUCCGUAAGAAGUUUAAUGGUAAGCAGUGGAGGAGGCUGUGCUCCAGGGAGGGCUGUAUGAAGGAGUCUCAACGUCGUGGAUACUGCUCAAGACACUUGUCCAUGAGGUCCAAAGAGAUGGAGACAACAGGGGGAGGCGGUGGAGGAGGAGGCAGCAGCUCAGGGACAGUCACGCCUGACCUGCGGGGGAGAGCGAGCAGUGAGUUUGAGUGGGACGACACGUCAAGAGAGAGCAGUGAGACCAGUAGCAGAGGAGACUCCAGACCCCGCUUGGUCCUCCCCUCCCUCCUCCCCCAUGACCUGUCGUCACGCUUUGACUUCGAUGAGUGUGAGGCCGCCACCAUGCUUGUGUCAUUAGGGAGCUCCCGCUCUGGCACCCCCUCCUUUUCUCCCAUCUCGAACCAGUCGCCUUUCUCCCCGGCCCCCUCUCCCUCACCCUCCCCGCUGUUCGGCUUCAGGCCGGCCAACUUCUCCCCGAUUACCGCCUCCCCGGUCCUGCAACACCGGAGGCACAGGCAGCCCAGCGGGACGGGUGGAGGAGGGGCAGGGGGCAGUAAGGUAACAACCCCAGCUGGAGGAGGAGAAAGGGAGAGACAAACGUCAGGUAUCCAGCCCUCCUUCCACAGCAACCUGAUGUUUACAGUCCCCAUGAGCCCCAGCAAACGAAAGCCCGACGCACCUCCUCCACCACCCCUCCCCUCACACCACCACGAUUACACACCCAAGACAGAGCUGGAGCAGGGGGACCUUAACAACUCUUUCAGGGUGCUCUCCCCCCAGACACCAGCUUCACAUUCUCGCACACACACACCCACCUUCUCCCGACCCAGAGGAGUGACCACCCCCUCCUCUAGCAGGCCACCGUCCUCCACUGCUGUCUCCCCUCCUCCUCUGCUGGUGUCUCCAACACCUCCUUCUCCUCUCACUCCCGAUGGAGGGCCUCGUCGUGUGGUCCCCGUAUCCCAACAGGCCUUGCGGGACUCUCCUGUCAUUGUGAGGAAUCCCGAAGUCCCACUGGCAAAAUUUACAGAGUGUCCCUUAGGAAGAGGAGGAGGAGGGGGAAACGAGGGAGGGACAGAUAAAACUUCAUCUAAAGACAUCGGCUUAUCACCCCUCACCCCUCAGCCAAUUUCAGGCCUCCAGAUUCCCGUCCCCAUUAACGCUGCCACAGCCACAGUACCCAAUGGCACCGUCCUCUUGCGGAGCCCAGCCCAAACUCUGGUGCUCUUGUCCCCGACACCCUCCUCCCUGCCCACCACUGACACCUCUGCCACCCCCCUGCAGGCCCUGUCAGUUACCGUCAGCACAACAGUCACAGCACCGGCUCCAAGCAGCACGGACAGCUCUGCGGAACGAGAGGAGAACAGGGGGACAGGGUUUGGGGGUGAGGUCCAGCAGCCGGUUCCCUGUCACCCUUCUCCCACCGCUCUGUUGCCGCUGAUCCUCCCAGCUGAAAGCCUUCACCCCGUCCCACGAAAGGACAUCAUCAUGGGACGUCCUGGUACAGUGUGGACCAAUGUAGAGCCCCGGUCAGUUCCAGUCUUCCCCUGGCAUUCAUUGGUCCCUUUCCUGGCACCCACCCAAUCUGAUGCUUCUUCUCUGCCAGGAGAGGGCCAGCACCCAGUCAACCACCCCCAAGUAGCCAGUCUGAAGACAGAGUGUCAGGGGGUGGCAUCGCUGUCACUGGAGCCUGCAGAGGCACCUCCCAUUGUAGAGAGAGGUCCUCCGCCCCGGCCUCCCCCCUCUUCUGAUGAGCCGCCUCCAGAGAAGGAGAAAGGAGAUGCAGAGAGGGAGAGGCCUGACAGCGAGACAGAGAGUGACGUGGAUGACCCCUUCCUCCCAGGAGUUGUACCAGAGCAGCCCCUCUCUAUACCACCAGUAAAGAGACGCACUCAGUCCCUCAGUGCGUUGCCCAAAGAUGGAGAUAAGAGCAGCCCUGGAAAGAGGGAGAAGGACCACAUCCGGCGACCAAUGAAUGCAUUUAUGAUUUUCAGUAAGCGCCAUCGAGCAUUGGUGCACCAGCGGCACCCAAACCAGGACAACAGGACAGUCAGCAAGAUUCUUGGGGAGUGGUGGUAUGCUCUGGGACCUAAGGAGAAACAAAAGUACCAUGAUCUGGCCUUUCAGGUAAAAGAGGCCCACUUUAAGGCCCACCCAGACUGGAAGUGGUGCAACAAAGACAGGAAGAAGUCUAGCUCUGAGGGCCGUGGGGUGCCCGGUGGCAAAGACAUCAGAGAGAGAAGCAUGUCCGAGUCCACAGAGCCCCACUCUGUGGAACUGAAGGGAGUUGGUCCAGGUCUGGCGGGCGUGUCUGAAAGGGGCACAGGAGAAGGUCAUGUGGGCCAGCUCACCCGUCCCCGAGCCUUCUCUCAAAGUGCCAUGCACAGCCUGGAGCGCAGUGACCGGGGUAAUACACAGGCCCUGGCAGAACUGGCACAGAUGUGUGGGGAUGGUGGCGGUCAGUUUUCGAGUCAUGCCCCACCCUUGUCACGGUCCCAGCGGGGGGUCAGCGAGGACAUGACCAGUGAUGAAGAGCGCAUGGUCAUCUGUGAGGAAGAGGGAGAUGACGAUGUCAUUGAGGACCCUUAUCCUAGCAGUUCCAUAGACCUCAAGUGCAAGGAGCGGGUGACUGACAGCGACAGUGAGAACGGUUCUGGCGACGAAAGUGAUCGGAAGAGAGUUUUUGCUCCAGUCAUUUGCUCCUCUGCAUUAUCAUCUUCCUCACACCACACCCCUCAUGGCAGGAGUGUCUCACUGUCGUCUUACCCCAGCAGCAAGCGUUACGAUGAGGGAAGAUCAGGAGGGGGAGGUUUUUCAGAUCACAGGAGGAAGGAUAGAGGAGAGGGAGAGGGUAAGGACACAUUUGGGGGUGAUGGAGGAGGAGGAGUGCAAGCCACGUCUCUCUCCCUUACUUCUGGCCAGUCAGUCAUCUCCACUUCUACAGCUGGAGGGUAUCUUUCCUCAUCAGUAGGUUCACUGGGGGGGAACCAACUCCUGGGCAUUGGCGCUGUAAGGAUGGCAUCUACGGUGGUGACCAACGUAAUGCGUCCUGUUAUCAGCACGCCGCUCCCCAUCGCCAGCAAACCCAGGGAUGGAGGCACAUCCAGCCCGCAUCCGCCAGAGAGGAAGUCCCUGACUCCCCAUCAGCAGCCACAUUUUCUGAUUGGUUCAGGAGCAGGAGGCGGGAUUCCAGCCACGGGGGGUGGGUACUACUCUUCAUCAUCACCUAAUCCUUUAGGUGCAGGCGUGGGCCAUGGUGGUGUAGUGACUAAUUUGGUGUUAGGAGGGGCUCUGUCUGCUCAACCUGCUGUACAGCUCAUCACCCCCUCCCACCACCCUCAGCCCUCCCAGCAGCAGGCCUUUCCCUCCUCCGCUGUUUCAGUACCGCAUAGCCAAACCAACGGGCCGCUGCCUUUGUCCCUGCUUCAGCCCCAGUUCCUUCCCGCCUCUUCCCUAGCAUCCCCCGGGGGUAAGGCCAUCACACAAGUCCAGUACAUCCUGCCCACCCUACCUGCCAACGCCAACCCCAAGAGUCCGCCUCAACAGCUCAGCCAGCCAACUAGUUUCUUCAACCUGCCCACAGCUCCACCCACACACAUGUCCCUGGCCAAUGGGAAGCAGCAGGGGACAAGUCCACUGACAGGAUAUACGUCCAGCUCAGCAGUGGGAGUGGUCAGCCCGGGAACUAGAGUGCAAACACAGUCUCCAGUGCUCCAGGGCAAAAUGUUUGUUCCCAUGGCAACAGUACGUACAGCGCCAGCCCCUGCCCAGCAGUUUCCCAUUGUGGCUCCACCUCUUCCGGUCCAGAACGGUGCUCAGACGGGAAGCAAGAUCAUCCAGAUAGCUCCCAUGCCUGUGGUCCAGUCCCAGCUGCCUCAAGGUGGAGCAGUCCACGCUGCCAGCCCCUUCCCUUUAACAAUGGGCACAGCUGCUGUGGUGGCUCCAGGAUCAGCCCCCUCCCAGGCUGUACUCCUGCCACCAGCUCCUACCAGGAUCACCUAUGUUCAGUCCACUCCAGGGGUCCCAUCCACUCUGCCUCUGGUCUCCACGACAACAGGCUCUUCCACCACCCAGCAAGCCCUGUCGGUGUCUGGAUCUGCAUAUGUGCCAUCGCCCCUGGCAACACUCGGGUUCACAGCCAUCGCACCACCUGGACAGACGCUGGUUCAACCACUGAUUGCAGGUCAGCCACCACUCCUAGCCACAGCUCAGUCCCCACAGCCCUCCGCCCCAGCCUCAGGCUCCGGGGGCCAGAUAGUCACCGCCAUCUACCCUUCUUCAUCUAGUGUCACUAUGGCAACAGGGGUGGUCUCCAUGACAGCCGUACCCCCCAGCGUGGUCUACUCCGUCUCCAGCCCUUCCAGCGCUUCCCCCCACAUCCUGUCCAAAUACACAUUAACCCCCACCACAAUCACGCACUCACAUCCGCAGCCCCAUCCGGACAGACAGGCAGACAGGCACCUGCCUCCGGACAGACCUGCGGAUCGACAAACUGACAGACUGGCUGAGAGGCAGGCGGAACUGCUGACGCAUUCGGACAGACAUUUGGAGAGGCAGACCUCCAGCAGUAUCAGCUCAGUGGCACCUCCCAGUGGCUCAGCUGUGUCCAUAAGGCCCUGCAGUCCUCCACUUCAGAUCCAAAUACCUGGCAGUACACCAGGUACACCCAAACUAACCCAGCUUCCAGUCAGGACCCCUCAAAAGGUGAAGGCAACAGUGGCAAACAUCCCCGUGGGCAGCUAUGAAGGAGGAGGCCGAGGAAAAGAGAGAGAAAGGGAGAAAGACAGGGAGCGAGAAAGGGAGAGGGAGCGAGAGAGGGAGCGAGAGAGGGAGAGAGAAGCUGCAGCCACUAGUCGCUUCUCCUUUGACUCUGAGCUGGCGGGGCAGACAGGGUCUCCAUCAACACAUUCUGCUGAGGAGCCGCCGUCCUCCGACAGACCCCUGGAGGGCUCCAGUGCAUCAGACUCCUCUGACACACGACACAGAGAAAGCACAACGACCAAAGAGGCUGCAUGGAAGGAGUCCCUCCCCUCCUCACCUCCCCCGCCUCCAUCAGCCCCAGAACCCACCCUGCCACCCCCACAGACUGACAAAGAAGGUCCUCCACCCAAAAAAGUCAAAAUCCGCCCACCACCACUUAAGAAGACGUUUGACUCGGUGGACAAGGUGCUGUCAGAGGUGUAUUUCGAGGAGCGCUUUGCCGAGCUGCCAGAGUUUCGGCCUGAGGAGGUUUUGCCUUCGCCCACCCUGCAGAGUCUGGCCACUUCACCCCGCGCCAUUCUGGGCAGCUAUCGCCGCAAGAGGAAGAACUCUACAGAUUUGGACUCUGCCACUGACGAGCAAGUCUCUCCUAAGAGAAAGAGUCGGCGGCGUUCAAGCUGCAGCUCGGAGCCCAACACGCCUAAAAGUGCCGCUAAGUGCGAGGGAGACAUCUUCACCUUCGACAGAGCAGCCACAGACGGAGAAGACAUCCUGACAGAUAUGGAGUUUGAUAAGGUGCCGUACUCCUCCCUGCGACGAACACUGGACCAGAGGCGAGCGCUGGUCAUGCAGCUGUUCCAGGAGCAGGGCUUCUUUCCAUCAGCUCAGGCCACUGCAGCCUUCCAGACAAGAUACUCUGAUAUAUUCCCCACUAAGGUGUGUCUGCAGCUGAAGAUCAGGGAGGUCCGGCAGAAGAUCAUGCAGACGGCUACCCCCUCUGACGUCUCUAGUUUAGGCAUCCCCGACUCGCUCGGCCCCCUCCCUGGACCUUCUGGCUCCCAGUCAGGAGAAGGAUCGAUGAGAGGAGGGGGGGACCUGCAGGAUGACGACGUGGAUCAAGGGACAGAGGGGAGCCCAGAGGAUCCUCGGGAUUCACAGGACUCUUCUAGAUGAGGGAUGCCGACAAAUUAGCUUGACCAAUCAGUGACUGUUGAAGUCACACCUUUCCACCCCCUAUAUGCUUUCACACACUUCUUUUAAUCCACACUCUCCUCUGGUCAGAUCCUGAUUUCUUUCCAUCCUCAGCAGAGAACCUGUGAGGUUGAGAGAUGUUUGUAUGCAAUGUUGGGCCUUUUUUUUUUGGUAAUGUGUGACCCUUGUACCAAAAAAAGGACACAUGAAAAAAACAGUGGCACAAAAACUACUACAUAACGCAACCACAAUGCACACACACACUCUGCAAACUCUUAAUUCCCACACUUGAAAUUCGCACUCUGUAUUAACCACCUUGGAGAAAAGCUCCCAUCGAUGCCAGUGAACGAAGGACCAUCGUGUACAGCUGCACUCAUUUGCUUGUUUCUUGUUUUUGGACGGAGCGACCUGCUUAACCCAUUACGAGACGGUGAAAAAGUCAGCAGUUUUAAAACAACAUUAUAUGUUUUGAUAUUUGUUUUUAAUAGCGUUAGAGCAGUAAAAGCAGUAAGUAUUACUGCUUGAAGAACAACCUGUAUUUAGACUUAUCCGUUGUAAGCUUGUGUCUUGUUUCUGCUGACAUUAGGGGGCUGGGCCCUCAACAGCCGGAAACAAUUUGAUUCAACGCGAGAAACUCGUUACUGUGGACCUGGAAAGAUCUUUUUCUCCGUUUUAUUGCUCACAUGUAGACCUUCAGAGGAGGUCUACCAGGAGUGACUGAAAAAUUGACUGAAACUCAAGUGGACUUCUGGCAGUGCCAUCAUUCCUGCAGUUACCUGUCUGGCCAAGUCCUCCCUUCUUGCGACUGACCCUAGCACAUGCCAGUAGGAAGGAGCCGAGCAUUCCUGUGCCUCUCAAUCGCUAGCCAUGAAGGAAGGAGGUGGGUCAGAGUCAACGGGCACAUCCUGGCUCUUAGUCGUAGAGGACAGGCUGAUAAGGCCUUAAUCCUCUAUUGCCAAGCAGUUUUAUUAACUUUUUUAAAAUAAUUUGAUUUGUAUUUAACAUUGUCAUAUUCAGUUUGUUGUUGUACUAUUCCUAUGGUUAUUAUUAUUAUUAUUAUUAUUAUUAUUAUUAUUACUACUCCUCAUAUCAUUGCAGUGAACUCUGGUCCUUAGUUUUGUUUUCAUUGCUGGCAGAUGUUUCCUUCAUUCCCGCCAGCUAUUGUUUUCUUUCUUUUUUUAUAAUUUUGGAGGCAGGUGAGAGAAGCUGCUCCACACCUGUACAGUUCCUCCAUUGUAGUCUUCCCUUGACUGGCCUCUCACCUCAGCAAGGACCUGCGGUGCAGUUAUUUUUCAUUUCAAAGAGGACGAUAAACACAACGUGGACCUUUACAUUCUUUCAGCAGUAGUAAGCCGUAUGUUUUUAGGGCAACCCUGUAUGCCUCCGUGUCCCCUCGCUAAGUUUGAUUCUAUAGCCUCAACACUUGUACAUCUCCUUCCUCCACCUCUUUCCUUCCCUCCUUCCUCCCUUUGUCACUUUAUUGCUCUCUCCAGACCUCCUUUUUAGGCAGGCAGAGAGAAAACCGGGGGAAGCGAGGGGAGGGUUGAUGAAUCAAAGAGAGCUGGUAGGAUCUAAUACUGGUUGUGUCUUUGUGCAAGACUUGGUUGUGUUGUAAAUAAUUACUGUAGAGUCAGUAGACUCAUUAUGUUAUUGAUAAGGAAAAAAUCUGUCAUUGAACAUAAGUUGACUUUUAAGACACCCGUUGCCGAAGGUAAAACACAUGAAAUGGAAAAAAUAAUAAAUAUGGCUAUUAAUGUUUUUUGUGUUAUACUCCUUGUUUUGCUGUUCCAGUAUACAAGAGAGGAAUUUAUAUGAAUAAUUUAAGUUUGUAUCUGUAUCUUUCAGUAUGCAAAUAAAAAUAGGUGUUCAAUUAAA